GGGAACCCGACCCAUCCGCUAUCGUGCAUUCUGCAUUCUUCUAAAACACACAUGGAGACAUGCAACAUCACCAGCGUCCGUUAACACAGGCAUUUUACUGAUUUAUCAGUCACGCACAUUUCACCCCUCUUAAUGGCAUCUCAUUUGCCCGCGGCAAUGGCGCCACCAGCCACAGAUAAGGAACGCCUCAGUAAAGCGUGGGAAGAUCUUGGAGCGGUGAACGAGAAGCUUCGACUCAUCCAGCUUGAGUGCGACCGCUUGAUGGACAUGGACCUGUAUUCCCAGGAAGGUCCAAACUCAUGGGGUCAGGCAGUCCGGGAGGGCUUCAUCACGCUCACCGAAGACGAGCGAAAGCAAGACGAGCUGGACGGCGACACUCUAGUCUUGAUCUACGGUCGCGAAUACAAGAAGAGAGGCGUCCUGAUCGACGAACUCGAAGUUUCGCGAAGCGAUCUCAGGCGCCUGAUCAACGAACUGUCACGCCCGUAUCUGAGGAGACUGAACAUCCUCAAUCUUCCCGACGAGCUUCUGCUCGAGAUUUUCGAGUACCUGGAACUUCUCGAUGUCAUUGAACCAGUCGCCCCGCCCCUCAUCCGUCGUCGGGGGAAUGAAAUUAAGAACACUCGCCUGGUAUGUCGACGAUUUUGCCAGUUAAGCUCGUCACUUCACCUGCGAGUCGUGCGCGUCAGCUUCACCGAAGCAUCGCUUGCGCGCUUGGAGGAGAUCUCUCGGCAUCCCACAAUCUCGAAGGGCGUCCGUACCGUGAAAGUCGACCUCCGUUUCUACAACGAGGACCUCAAGGACUUUAACACAUUCAUCGACUACCAUGAGCAGGAACUUGGGGAGGAGAUCAACUUAGGGGGGCGCGUCCUUCGGGUCGUGGCGCAAAUGCCGGAAGAGGAAGCCUCGGAGAUGAUCAAAAAAAGGACAUGCCAUCGUCGAUACGCUGCGGAGUACGUUGCGCGCCUGAAGGAGCAGCAAUCGCUGAUACGCAAGGGGAACUUCCCUCGGGCGCUUGCUUCCGCGAUCGCGAGAAUGCCGGGAGCGCGAGAUAUGGCCUUCAAGGAUUCUCUCUUUGACGUGAGAGAUAGACUCAUGAUGCCUGGGAGCGAGGUGAGCUGGGAUCAGCUACGUCGUCGUAUGCUCCAGCCGAUGAGCGGUGGACAUGCGAUGAAACACCGCCUCGAGCGUCCUGACUAUCAAUGCGUCGUCGAUUUGAUAGAAUCUGUCCGGCUCGCUGGCGUAUCCCUCAGCGGUAUCGACAUCUCCCUUUGGCCGCCUCUGCACAAGAUGCCGCGGAUACCCAGCGACUUCCGAGCCAGCUUCGUAGCUGGUAUGCAGCAGUUGAAGCAAUUCCGUUUCUGCUACCAUGGCUACCCCGUCGUUCAGGAAGAAGACAAUCUCCACGACUUUUUAUCCGCUUUCGUGGGAACUUCAAGCCUGCAAAAGCUGGACUUGGAUAUCGGGCCGGUGCCUAUAUAUGGCCCAUCGCCGAGCAUAGACUUGGACAGAAUACUGGGACCUGGGCCUCGACACAACCUGAAAGACUUCAGUCUUCACUACGUCGCCAUCGAUCUCUCCAAGCUGCUACUCAUCCUCAAACGGUUGCCCGACUCAGUUUACCAUCUUGGCUUAGAUUCUAUCGAACUCCGCAGUGGUACCUGGGAAGAGGCCUUGGAACGGCUUCAGGAGAAGAAGCCCCGUACUAUGAGCCUUCGGUCGCCGUACGGUGCGGAGACCUUCAGCAUGCCACAGCCAGACUAUGAAACAAUAUUCUCCACUGAGUACUAUGACAAACGCACCGUAACGGAGAAUUACAUCACCGGCCAUUUUUCAUUGAAUCCAUUCCAGGCGCUUCAGAAUGGUUACCUCUAG